AUGAGUAAAAAGGAAUAUGAGAAUAAUACUUAUAUCGAUUGGAAUAGAGAAUCUAUGGUGGAACCUAAGUCUUCAGCACUUAUAUAUCGAAAAUGGACCACGAUUAUCGUACUGUCAAUUAUUUUGGGAUACGUGACAACUUUCAUCGAUUUGGCUUCUGUGUGGUUAAAUGAUGUUAAAAAGGGGCUCUGUUACGGGGAGAUAGACAAAUGGUCGCUUUCGAACCCAUAUCUGACGUGCCCAGCGGACGAUUGGUAUGACUGGUCGCAGAUCUUGGUAGGGUCUCAAGGGAUUAUUUCAAAUAUUUUGAUCAAUUUUCCAAUAUACUUGGUGUUUGCUGGAUGUUGGAUAGCAGUGGCGGCGUACAUCACUAUUAAUCGAGACAUUUUUAUUAAGCAAUCAGGAAUUCCCGAAAUUAAGCUCAUUAUCUCUGGAUUCAACUACGAUUUGCCGGUGUAUUUAGGAUUGCACACAUUAAUCUAUAAGAUAUUCGGAUUGAUUCUUGUUGUUAGUUCUGGAUUAUGGUUGGGAAAGGAAGGUCCCUUGGUCCAUGUUUCAUGUUGUAUCCUUAAUAUACUCUAUGGCGCUAUUGUGAACAAGGAAAGUCAGAACGAGGCUGUUAGGAGAGAGUUAUUGAGUGCUGCGACUGCUACUGGAAUAUCUGUUGCCUUUAAUGCACCAAUUGGAGGUGUUCUUUUUGUGUUGGAGAGUACACCUAGCUUCUUCAUGCCUACGAAGGUUAUGUGGAAUUCUUUCUUGAGUGCUACUACUGCUGUGGUAGUCCUUACUGGGUUUAAGUUAUUUACUGAAGGAGAAAACUUCUAUGAAAAGGAUUUGUUCAAAGUGAACUUUGGAAACUUCAGUUGGCUCUUCGUAGAGCUUAUUCCCUUUGUCAUUUUGGGGGUACUAGGUGCAUUAUAUGGAUAUAUAUUCAUUAAAUUUAAUGCGAAGUUUUCCUCAAAACACUUUAGAGGUAAAGUGCAAGGGAAAUUGUGUCAAAUUUUAAAUCUUUCCGAUUCUUGGGGCAAGUAUUUAGAAAUAUUUGCUAUUGUUGUGCUAACAACUAUACUUAAUUUCCCGUUUGAGAUGACAAAAUUACCAUUACAUGCAUAUUUGAAAAUAUUGUUUACUGAUUGUCCCGAUGAUUCUAAUAUAGAUUUAGAUUCUAAUUCUUCUAACUUCAUGUGCCUGCCAUCGAAUGGCAUUACUAGUUUGAAAUUGCUUUAUAUCAUUGUUCAAGGGUUCUUUCUUACAUCUUAUACUUACGGAGUUAAUUUACCUGGUGGCGUUUUGAUGCCGUCCUUAGUUUUAGGUGCCACAACUGGAAGGUUGCUAGGAAUUAUUUCACAGGCUUUACAAAACCAAUUUAGCUGGGAGUCUUUGGCUACCUGUACCCAAAACUCAUGUCUUGUUUCACCAUCCUCGUAUGCUGUUAUAGGAGCGGCAUCAUUCGUGGCAGGAAUAACGAAGUUGACGAUGUGUGUUGUAGUGAUCAUGUUUGAAUUAACGGGUGCAAUUACAUAUGUUUUACCAAUUAUGUGUUCUGUUAUGGUCCUGAAAUUUGUGAACGAUUGGCUCUGUAACGAUAAUAUUUAUGAUUCUUGGUUAAAAAAUCACUUUAAUAGAUAUGAAAGUCACAAAGGUGAACCAAACGAAGGGAAAGGAAAUGGUUUGUGUGACUUCACAAAUUUAACGGCUACAGUAAAAAACAGAUUACCCGAUGUUACUAUCGCUAAGGCAAUGGUUCCCAUUCAUAAGACAAAAUACAUAAGUCUUAUACCUGAGGAGCCGUACACAAUUAAAUCAUUAUAUCAAUUUAUGAAUGAUGAUAAUCAUGAAGGUUAUCCAAUAAUUGUAAAUGACUCAAAUCCUAUUAGCUUAGGAUAUGUCUAUAAGACUAACAUAGCUUCUAAAUUGUCAACCAUAGAUAGCGAAUUAGACAAUUCGGUUAUCAGCUUUCAAAUUCAAGGCUUGCCAAAUCACAUUCUAUCCCAGCAAUUGCAUUACGAGCGUUCAUUUGAAUCGACAAAUAUAAUACGAUUAGAUAUCAAUACUGAAAACUCCGUUAUCAUUACCAAUGACCAGACUCCUUUGGUUUUGGUUUUAGAAAUGUUUGAAAAGUUGAGCUUGAACUACUUAAUUAUCAUGAAUCAUAAUCCUCAUGUAGAUCAGCUAAUGAGUGGUUUUAUAGAUCGUUUCAUUAUUUCUCGAUUGAUAAAUCUGCAUUUCCGUAAAUUACAAGGUGAGGACGCAGAUUCGGAUAGCAUGCAAGAUUUUGAUAUUGAGAACACAUUAGAAGAUGAACACUUAUUAACUACUCGUUUGGAUCGUAUGAGCGUAGAAUUGAUUACAUAG